UAAGGAAGAAGUGACCGAGCGACGUCAGUAUUUGCCGGCACCCCAUUUCGCUCUGUUGACAGUAUUAAUUCGAGCACGUGGCAAUCGUGUUUCCACCACCGGGCCCGUCGACCAUUUCCAGCAUCGCCUGCGACCAUAACAGCCGGCAGUACGAGAAAAGCGCGACACGCGGAACCAUCCAACCGCUAAGGAUCCACUGUGCUUCCAUGAGAGAAUGUUUAGAAUUAUUUGUUGAACUCCAUACCAAUGGGAAUAGUGGAUUCGUAGGGUGACUUGGGAAAGGGUUGAAGAUUCCAGCGCAAUGUGAUUUAACGUGAUAUCGAUAUGAAGUGCUUUUAAUGGAGGCAAUAAAUUUUAUUGGUUGAGAGUGUUAUUAAGCAUAAACUGCACCUGUUGUAACAAGACUUGGGAAUGCAGAUAAUGAAGCUGCAAGUGGUUCGUGAUUUCAAUUGGACACGAUGACUGAUACCGAAAAAAGAAGCGAGUUCGCACCGUUUUGCAUUUCACUUUCUGGAAACGUGCCACGACAGAAGACUACAUAAAUACGAUAAAAACAAAAAUUGGAAAAAAAGAGAAAGAAUAAGAAAUGGACGGUUCCGUAAUAAACGGAACGGUUUUCGGUGUCGCGUUGGGAGGUGACAGUAUGAAGCACUUUCCACGGCCAGUGACUAUCACAGCAGCUGUUUGCGCAAUCGUUUUCAGCAUCGUCGGAGUGGCGGGAAAUUUAGUAACCGUAAUCGCACUCCUAAAAUACACAAGAUUGAGGCGACAUGCCACGACCGCAUUCGUGAUAAGUCUCAGCAUUUCCGACUUGAUUUUUUCUGCGGUGAAUUUACCACUAACUGCGAGCAGAUAUUUAAACGAGGCGUGGGUGCUAGGCGAAACUCUAUGCAAAAUAUUCCCGCUAUUCUUUUAUGGAAACGUCGCAGUGUCCUUGCUCAGCAUGGUGGCGAUUACCCUAAAUCGGUACAUCCUGAUCUCGAGAUCAGACAUAUACGCCCAGCUGUACACCACGCGGCGGAUCAUUCUGAUGCUGAUCGUCAUUUGGACGAUGAGCUUCUGCUUAUUAUUGCCGCCAUUGAUUGGCGUUUGGGGCACUCUGGGCCUGGAACCAAACACCUUCUCCUGCACCAUUCUGAAGAAGAACGGCUCCAGUCCAAAGAAGUUCCUUUUCGUUCUUGGAUUCAUCGUGCCCUGCGUGGUCAUCAGCGUCUCCUACCUGUGCAUUUACUGGCGCGUCAGGAAGAGCAGGAAGAACCUGGAGGCCCACGCUGGCGCCUCGAGGAAGACAGCCAGCGGUUUUCGACGCAGAGAGGACUCCAGAGUCACCAGGUUGAUGCUGACCAUAUUCCUCUGUUUCCUCCUGUGCUUCAUGCCCUUGAUGCUGGUCAACGUGGCCGACGACAAGAUGAAGAUCCCGAUUCUGCACGUGAUAGCCUCGAUUCUAGCGUGGGCCUCGUCAGUGAUCAAUCCCUUCAUCUACGCUGGCACUAAUAAACUGUACAGGGAGGCCUACAAGCAGAUUUUGUGCCCAGUUUCCAGCAAAACGCCGACCACUGGACCAAAACCAACGCACUCGCAUUCCAGUAAAGUCUCGUCGCCGCAGAUGACUUGAGAAAUGAUUGUACGAUAGUUUGUGGGUGAUGUUACUCGCAUUGGAAGUGCUCGAGUUGUUAUCUGAAUUGAAGUGAUAGUUAAUGGGUCUCUAUUGCUAUGGUGUAAAAUACUAAGUGCAGUAACUUAGUUUUGGAAUGUAUGGACUGGUUCAUUAGGAAGAAAUCGACUUAGUAUCUUCGAUAUUUUUAAUGCUGGAAAAUGUUCUUGUAUGUAUGUAUGUAUGUAUGUAUGUAUGUAUUUUUAUUUGUUCUGCAUGGGAUUUCAACUCCAACUUCCUCCUCCUGCUUUUACACUUCCCCUGCAUUUCCCAUUCUGAAUUAAUCCUUUUAGUUGCUUAGUGUAAAGCCCUGUUAACCCAUACAUGGGUCCUCUUUUUAGUGGAUCACCCUAUGUACUAUAAAUAUCAUCUUUGUCGAAGAUGUGACUGAAAUUCCAUGUAGCUUCGAUUACUGAAGUCUGUUAAAUUGUCAAGUAAAUAUGCCUAAUAUUUUAAUCAUAGCAACGACAGGAAGAUUUUUAAGAAAAUUCUAUGUCAAUACCGAUGUGUAGUAAGAUUAAGCAUUCGAUCUAUAGGACUGGUUAUUAUCAAAUGAUUCGAUGUUAGAAUUAGACUAUUACUCUCCCUUCAAAGUACGUGGCGAUUCGAUCAACAUUUACUUCAAUAAAUGAUAAACACAAAUGCCGAUAGAUAAGUGUACAAAGAAUAAAAUCUUUCAGUUAAGAUUGAUGUAAAUAUAUUAUAGAAAAUAAAUUAUGAUUAAUAAAUGACUGCAUUUAUGAUAUAAGGUGGUUUUAACAUCUACACCUUCUAACACUAUCGGGACAAAAUGGGGCCUAAAUUAGAUACGUACCAGAGUUUCGUCGUGCCACCCCUUCGAAUAUCAUGUUCUCCUGAUAAGAAAAAGUAAAAUCAGGUAAGUAUUAGGUAAGUACUUAGUUAUUAUUCGUGCUACCUCUUCGCAUAUCAUGUGCUCCUGAUACCAAAAUGUAAAAUCGGCCAGAAUUUCGAUACGUGCCCAAAAUUAGCCCCUUGAAUUAGGCAACCUAUACUUACAGACAUGUCGGACCGGUUGCCUGUCCGUAGGCGCAAACGUGCCACCUCCUCGCAUAUCAUGUGCUCCUGAUACAAAAAUGUAAAAUCGGGCCAGAAUCCCAAUACGUACCGACCAUGUGCCCCUUGAAUUAGGCAACCCAUACUUACAGAUAUGUCAGACCGGUUGCCUACUCGUAGGCGUUAAAGUGCCACCUCUUCGCAUAUCAUGUGCUCCUGAUACCAAAAUGAAAAAUCGGGCCAGAAUUCCGAAAUGUACAGAAAAUUAGCCCCUUGAAUUAGGCAACCUAUACUUACAGACAUAUCGGACCGGUUGCCUGUCCGUAGGCGCAAACGUGCCACCUCCUCGCAUAUCAUGUACUCCUGAUACAAAAAUGUAAAAUCGGGCCAGAAUCCCAAUACGUACCGACCAUGUGCCCCUUGAAUUAGGCAACCCAUACUUACAGAUAUGUCAGACCGGUUGCCUACUCGUAGGCGCUAAAGUGCCACCUCUUCGCAUAUCAUGUUCUCCUGAUACCAAAAUGUAAAAUUCAAGCCAGAAUUUUAUACGUACCUAAGAUUCCUAGUGCCACCUCUUCCCGUAUCAUCAUCAAAAUGUAAAAUUGGUCAGUAUUGGAUACGGCUAGAAUUUUACAUUUUGGUAUCAGUAGUAUAUGAUAUGCGAAGAUGUGGCACAUAGAAAAUCUGGUACGUACCUAAUUUAUGUCGAUUGUGGCUCGAUGGUUGUAGAAGGUAUUAGGAGUUGUUAGAAGGCUUUAUGAGUUUUUCGGAGUUGUUAGGAGAUGUUAGAGGGUGUUAGGGAAUAUUAGACGGUGUUAGGAGUUGUCAAAAAGUGUCUGGAAGUUUCAGAAGAUGUUAGAGAUUGUUACACGAUGUCAAAGGAAGUGAUAGAAUUGGUUAGGAGAUGUUAAGAGAUGUUAGAGGUUGUUAGGAGAUGUUAGAGGGUCUUUGGAGGUUUCGGGAGAUGUUACGAAAUGUUAGAGACUGUUAGGAGGUUUCAGGAGUUGUUUGGAGAUGUGAAAAGGUGUAGAAGCUGUUAAGAGGUGUUAGAAGGUGUCCAUAUGUGAAGAGAAAAUUAGUGUCACUCAUCGGUGUCUAACGCUGCCUGAACGAAAAGAGAACGAAAUGUUUGUUGUCAUGAAGUAGGCGCGAGUAUGCCCCUGUUAGAUAUCAACCGAAUUGAGCCAGUUUGUAGGCCAGGUAGCUAUAGUGUUGGCGCAGAGAUACCCCUGGUAUGCUGCAACCGAUACUAGCUUACUUGUCGGUUUGGUUAUCGCUUCGUAGGCGCAGAGGGGCCCCUUUCAAGCGGCAACCUAUGCUUGCUUGUCUGUCAGGUUGCCAUCCUGUAGGCGCAGGUAUGCCCCGUUAUACUGCAACCGCGGCUAGACUGCUUGUCGGUUCGGUUAUCGCCUCGUAGGCGCAGCGGUGCCCCUUUCAUGCGGCAAC